AUGUUUUCCUCCUUGACCAGUUACGCAUCGGCCCCGGCCAGCGGUAAGACUCACAAACAUAGUUCCAGCAGCCAUGGAAGCCGCCACGGAACCACAGCUGGCCAUUCAAGGGGUACAAAGACAAAGCCCCAGAGACCAGCCGUUCAGGAGACGAUCGCGACUUCUUUUCUGUUUGUCGUCAACGAGUUUCAAGUCGACUAUGAACCGCUGCCAGGACAAGACCGCCCCCUGACGGACCAGUGGCUCAAUACUAUGCCGCCGCAGCAAGCUGAGGCAUACACAGGCGAGUUCCCUGGGACAGUGUUCAGGUAUCAGAACGGAGUCGUGUCUCCGGCUCAUGGAUAUCUCUGCGUAUACAAAAACACGAAUCCCUCGGCGCCGCAUUCGAGGGGUCUCUCCGGUCACCUGCCCAUAAUUCUCGCCUUGAUGGGCUUCCAUGGUCGACCUCGCUGGCCGAGUGACGUAUUUCGAGAUCGGAAGUGGCACCAUAGGCGGUGGUUGGGCUCGAACAGGGCCUCCAGUUACUUGCCAAAGUCAGGCGAAAGCCCUCGCGGCCUGUUUGUCCAAGUUUGCGCCGACAACCUGGCAGAUGGCCGACCUGACAGCGAAGAGACCAACAUCCCAAUGGACAUUUGGGAAGAGAUGCUGCAGGACUUGGAGUAUAGGACCAUUCUUGUUCAAGGCUAG